AGAAUCAGUUCUUGGUGAAAAGACAAAUUGUUUCAAGGUCACAGUGGGGGCUGAUGGAAAUACUGAUGGUGUUGAUGACAAUGGAACUUACACACAAGUAUUGUGGUGGUGCAAUAGUGAAGCUACUUUGAUUUGUAUCAUCACAUUGAUGCUCUUUACAUGGUAUUUCAAAUAUUACUUUGGUAUUAUCAGGAUAAAUGUCCAAACUAUGAUGUUACCAUUGUAUAUUUCCCCCCAAAAAAGACAUGGUAUUGCAAACUAUGGCAGCUCUUGGUUUGGUUCCUUUAUGAAGCUAGAUAAACAAUAAUUACCUAAACAAUCCAUUGCACAAUCAUAGCUAAAGGAAAUAAACCAGAUGAUAAUUUUUCACAUUCUGAACUCUGUCCAAACCCCUUGUUACAAUAGAAAACACCAGUUGUAAAGCACAACACAAGUGAUUGUUAAAGUUAAUCAUUUAUGUUGUUAUGAGGAAGUGAACUUUAAGCCUGAGAUGCAUUAGAAGGAUCUCCAAGAAACCAUUAUGGUAACAAAUGCUGUAUGAAACACACAUACUUGAACCGGGGGAAGAAAAAUGGAUGUAUAAAAUAAAAUCUUUCCGACAGUUUAGACUUUUACCAUACCAAAUUGGACAAAUAACAAGGGAAACUGGUUGAGCAGUACAGGCUGUUUUAGAUUUCACGUGAAGCUGUGACAGUUUGUUAAAGGCAACAUGAAAGCAGACGACAAACUUCAGAUCUUGAAAUUCUUUCUCAUGCUUGUCAAUUCCUUCUUUGUGAUUCUUGGCAUCAGCAUUUUUGCGUGUUCUGCUUGGAUUUUAUUUGAUAAGGACAGCUUUGUAAGUGUUCUCAGCUCUGGACAGGAAGUGAAGGUGGUGGCUGGGGGGCUCUUUUUCAUUGGCCUUGUUGUGUUUUUUGUGUCCUUGCUGGGUUGUGCUGGUGCCUAUUUUGAGAGCCGAUGCUUCAUCAUAUUUUAUCUGUGCUUCUUGAUCGUCAUCAUACUGGGUCAGCUUUUCAUCACCUCUGUGCUAUUAAUACGAAGAGACAAGAUUGAGCAGUUUUUGAAGGAUAAUGUGGACGAGAUCAUUAGGGAGUAUGGAGGAAAUGAAACCCAAACGUCUUGGAAACUUCUAGACAGUGUGCAGACUUCUGCAAAAUGCUGUGGUAGGCUGACCUCAAAUGAAUGGAGGAAUAACACAGUUAUUAAGUCCUGGGGGGAGACUGACAUCUACCCUUGCUCCUGUUUUGACGGUACCUGCCCUAUAAUUCUGCCUGGAACACACAGCUUUGGAAACGGAUCAGACAUCUAUGAAACGGGCUGUGAGAAGGCACUAGUGGACUGGCUAGAGAUGAAUAUAAUCGUAAUAUUUGGAAUGGAUGUUGGGCUUCUUUUGAUUCAGAUUCUGCAGUUUAUCUUUGCCAUCCAAACCUUCAAAUGCAUUGGCCGUAAGACGAGGGAACUGCAUCCCAGUAAUCUACUGAACGCUAUGGAGGAGAAUCCUGCAUCGCAGCCUGAAAACCAGCAGUACAGUAUGGAAAAUCAGCAGUUUGAUACUCAAACCUACAACCCUCAAAUGGACAAUGGCUACCAUCAUCACGGUGGAUAUGUUGAUGGGAAUUAUGACCAGUAUAACAAUCCUGAAUUUUACGAACCGGAUAACAGUCAAAUGUACAGUAGCCAUCAUAGUGUGCAAUACCAGCAGAGCUACAAUGGCAGUUAUGGUCAAGGAUACAUGCAGCACCAGAGCUACAAUCCUGAUGAUUACUGAAGCCAGAUUUCUUCUCUCAUGUAACGUGAUCAGAUUGGGAUGGGCUAAUUUGCGGUUUUAAAAAUAGCAUUCUGUACAAAGAGCAGGCUGUGGUCUGUGCCUGACCAAAGACACUUAAAACCUUCUCGUAAGACCAUUGUUUUGUUUCACUAAGUUCAGGUUAGUGCCUGUUCCCAGGAGUAUCAUUUGUCAUUUUAAAGACAACCAGCAUCUUUUUCUCAAACAAUUCAUUCCAGACCUCUAAGGUUAAAGGCUUUAUAAGACAAAAUAUUUCUGUAGAAGUCACAGCUCCGGGUUUGAUGACAGACAAUUAACUCCUUUUUCUGGCAGAUUUUAUCACAAGUUUCCAUUUUAUUUUAAUGCCCCAUGACAAGUUUACAGAUAUUUUAUAACUGUAGUAGUGUAAUUAUAUAAAAAAUACUGACCUGAAGUUAUAUCCAAUAUGAGACAAUCCACACAAAAUAACUAGCAACAAUAUUAUUAAAACACUGUUAUAUGGUAAAAACGUUUUUUUAAAUAAAGAAUAAAAAAAACUACAUGAUUUCUACUUGAAUCAUACAAUUAAAAAUAAACAUGUUUUAUAUACAAACGCUAUAAUUAUAUUAUUUUGAUUAUUACUAAUCAAUAGAGAACAAAAAACACACAAACUGUAUUUAAGAUGCGUGUAAACCAUUAGUCAUCCUUUGCUUUUCGUGCCACGGAGAUUCCUUGCUCUCAGUUGUGAUAUUCAGAUGAUUUGAGUGGUUGUUUUGUAAAUCACUGCACACUCAGACCUGCUUUAUGAGUCAAGAGUUGAUGUUAAUGACACUGGGGGCCGUUUAGUGUGUGAAUGUAUCUGUGUGUGUGUGUCGGAAGCUGAGUCGUAGAAUCAAGAGUGGGCUUUGACUGAAGUUUGAUGGACGACACUCUCAAUUGGCCAUAAAGAGCGGCGUGUCUGUCCGCAUGAGAGGGCCCUUUGUUACGGUGACUCUGCGGUUGAUGAUAGCCAGGCUGACAUUACCGACCUCGUGCGGUUAUGAGUUGGCAGUCAUGCUUUAUGACAACAGUUGACAGCGCACGCAUUGAUGGAGACAAUGAGAAAGUUACAUGGAGAAGAACUAGUGAUUUCCACUGCCAGUACCUGAUUCUGCUCUGGACAGAGUGAUGCACAAUGACUCAACGGGGAUUUUUAGGACUGUCUGGGAUGCGCUGGGACAGUGAUACAAAAAUUAAUAGGUUGUAUUUUCAAAGAAUAGUUGAUCUAAAAAUGAAAAUUAUGUCAUUUACUCACUUUCAUGUUAUUCGUGACUUUUGUGGAACGCUAAAUGAGAAGUUUUGAAGAAUGUUUAUGCUGCUCUUAUAAUGUGACAAUGCUUGUCAAGCUCCAAAAAUAACAAAAGCAUACUCUAAAAACUGUAAAUGUAGACCAUAUGACUCAUGGACAUUAUUCUAAAGCCAAAUGGCAGCUUUGCACAAAACAGAUCAAAAUGUAUAAUGUAAAAUAAUGUAAAAUAUUAAAUUUCUCAUUUGUUCUGCUCUUAUAUUGCGACAAUGGCCUGUCAAGCUCCAAAAAUGACCAAAAAGCAAACACUUUGUAAAUGUAGUCCAUAGGACUCAUGGGAAAUAUUCCGAAAGGCCAGCUUUGUGCAGAACACAUAGAAAUUUAAGUUGAUAUUUACUGAAAUUUUGCGCAAAUCCCAUUAGCAUUUAAAAAAAAAAAAAAUCUAAUUGACAAAAGUAUUUGAACCCUUAAGUCACAUAUAAUGUAUGAAUUGCAUUACAUACAAAAUAUCAAACCAAGUGGCAUCAACAAACCAAAUGCAAUCAUUCAUUUCUAUCUACUGGUACAAAGUCAUUUCACACUUUGUAGUUUAUCAUAUAAACAUGUUCCACAAGGUCUCCAAAUCCAUUUUUCUUAACUGUGCACAAUGUAUGUAUUACGGUACUUUACAGUCUGAAACCAAAUAAAAUGGUUUUACCUA